UUGGGCGGUGUCAAAACGAGGGGCGGUCCCUAUCGGCGGGGCGGUUGGGAGGCGAAAGGAGAGUCUUUUCAGCGCUGAGGACUGGCGCUGAGGAGGCGGCGGUGGCUCCCGGGGCGUUUGAGCGGGCUCACCCGAGCCCGCGGGCCAACGCGGAUCCAGGCCCGACCGGCGGGACCGCCCCGGACUCCCCGCGGGCCUUCCUAGCCGCCAUGGAGGACGGUGUCUAUGUUACUUUUCAUGGACCCAGGAGUCCGGACACCCAAGCUCCCAGUUGCCUCGCCAGGAAUGGAGGCAGAGAACCAAGGCCUCACUCCCCUUCCAAAGCCCCCAGACCUGACUCCGGAGGAGCGGAUGGAGCUGGAGAACAUCCGGCGGCGGAAACAGGAGCUGCUGGUGGAGAUCCAGCGCCUUCGGGAGGAGCUCAGUGAAGCCAUGAGCGAGGUGGAGGGUCUGGAGGCCAAUGAGGGCAGUAAGACCUUGCAACGGAACCGGAAGAUGGCAAUGGGCAGGAAGAAGUUCAACAUGGAUCCCAAGAAGGGGAUCCAGUUCUUGGUGGAGAAUGAGCUUCUGCAGAACACACCCGAAGAAAUCGCCCGCUUUCUGUACAAGGGUGAGGGCCUGAACAAGACCGCCAUCGGGGACUACCUGGGGGAGAGGGAAGAGCUGAACUUGGCAGUGCUCCAUGCCUUUGUGGAUCUGCAUGAGUUUACUGACCUCAAUCUGGUGCAGGCCCUCAGGCAAUUUCUCUGGAGCUUUCGCCUCCCCGGAGAGGCCCAGAAGAUUGACCGGAUGAUGGAAGCCUUUGCCCAGCGAUACUGCCUGUGCAACCCUGGGGUCUUCCAGUCCACAGACACGUGCUACGUGCUGUCCUUCGCCGUGAUCAUGCUGAACACCAGCCUUCACAAUCCCAACGUCCGGGACAAGCCGGGCCUGGAGCGCUUCGUGGCCAUGAACCGGGGCAUCAACGAGGGUGGGGACCUGCCAGAGGAGCUGCUCAGGAACCUCUAUGACAGCAUCCGAAAUGAACCCUUCAAGAUUCCCGAGGAUGACGGCAAUGACCUGACCCACACCUUCUUCAACCCGGAUCGGGAGGGCUGGCUCCUUAAGCUGGGAGGGGGCCGGGUGAAGACGUGGAAGCGGCGCUGGUUUAUCCUCACUGACAACUGCCUCUACUAUUUCGAGUACACUACGGACAAGGAACCCCGAGGAAUUAUCCCCCUGGAGAAUCUGAGCAUCCGAGAAGUGGAUGACCCCCGAAAACCGAAUUGCUUUGAGCUUUAUAUCCCCAACAACAAGGGGCAGCUCAUCAAAGCCUGUAAAACAGAGGCCGACGGCCGGGUGGUUGAAGGGAACCACAUGGUGUACCGGAUCUCGGCCCCGACACAGGAGGAGAAGGAGGAGUGGAUCAAGUCGAUCCAGGCAGCUGUGAGUGUGGACCCCUUCUAUGAGAUGCUGGCGGCAAGGAAGAAACGGAUUUCUGUCAAGAAGAAGCAGGAGCAGCCCUGACCCCCGCCCCCAACCCCAUUAUUUAUUACGGAGCUGCCCCACCCGGGUGGCCGGACCCCUGGGCCCUGGGGCUGCGGAUCCUGGUUCUCUGUUUGGAAAAUUCACCACCUCUAGCUCCUCUCUCGUUAUUUGUAAUUAACACACUGUUGGUAAUCUUAUUAAUUAUUUAACCACUCGCA